AUGUCUGACGCUUUUAACAACUACUGUCUCACUUGCGACCAGCUCUGCGGCCUGACACUGGUCUACUGCCUGGAAGAGUGCAAGGAACACGACCAGCUCCACGCGCACAACGAGAUGGUGCUGCCACUUUUAACUCCGCUGUACUCGAUGAGCCAGACGCUGGAGCCGCUGCCCCUUAUGGGGUACUCGUUGGCUCCAGUGGCCGAGCCCGUCGACGACUUUGAUCUUUACACCGUUCUGCUUGAUCUGUUCAACACCACCCCGACGUCGGUUGACCUGGGGGCGCUGGCAGUUCUGGAUAACUACCGGAAGUGGCUCCACGCUUUGUACUAA